CUUUCUGCUGUGCUGGCGGCCCGGACAUGCUGAGGCGGAGACCGGAAACCCCUUGUCGGUUCCGGGUUUUGUGGGCUACUACGAUGGCGAUGAGUUUCGAGUGGCCGUGGCAGUACCGCUUCCCGCCCUUCUUUACGUUACAGCCGAACGUGGACACCCGGCAGAAGCAGCUGGCCGCCUGGUGCUCUCUGGUUCUGUCCUUCUGCCGCCUGCACAAACAGUCCAGCAUGACGGUGAUGGAAGCCCAGGAGAGCCCGCUCUUCAACAACGUCAAGCUACAGCGGAAACUUCCUGUGGAGUCGAUUCAGAUUGUAUUAGAAGAACUGAGGAAGAAAGGGAACCUCGAGUGGUUGGAUAAGAAUAAGUCUAGCUUCCUGAUCAUGUGGCGGAGGCCAGAAGAAUGGGGGAAACUCAUUUAUCAAUGGGUUUCCAGGAGUGGCCAGAAUAACUCUGUGUUCACCCUGUAUGAACUGACCAGUGGGGAAGACACAGAGGAGGAAGCCCUGGCUGUUCUGAAACUUGCUGUGUAGACCAGGCAGGCCCUGCUGGCAACCAUCCUUCAGUGAUCUGCCUGCCUCUGCCUCCCAAGUUCUGGGAUGAAAGUGCCACCACCUCCCAACCAGUAUCGGAUUAAGGCACCUUCAGACUAACCAUUUCUGUCUCGGAAUUCCAUAGUGCAAAAGUUCUAAGGUUUGUUUUUUUGUUUUGUUUUGUUUUUGUUUUAUUUUAAGAUUUUUUUUUUUAUGUUAUGUGUGUGUUUACCUGGAUGUCUGUAUAUGCACCACAUAUAUGCCUGGUGCCUAUCCAUAGGGGCCAGAAGGGGUCAUUGAGGGGUUCCCUUAGAACUGUCAUGAGCUGUCAUGUAGGUGCUGAGAACCGAACCCUUUACCUGUGUAAGAGCAGCAAGUAUUCUUAACCACUGAGCCAUUUCUCCAGCCCAGUGCAAAACUUUUUAAACUCUCAUCUAAACAUUUCAUACCACUUGAAUGCACAAGCAGAACAACUCUGUGUUGGAUGUUUGUGCAUUUUAUACGAUGUUUCAGGGGAAGGUUCAGAGUUGUUGCUGUAGAAGCCACUUGAGGAACCAGCGUGGGGGAUUAAGCUUGGAAUUUCAUUCCUUGCUGACUCAAGCUCUCUUUCACUGUUCCUUCUUAUAGAGAGCUCAAGAUUUUUGGGUGUCAGCUGAAGGUAUUGGGCCAACACCCCCAGCCCCACCCCCAGCCCAUUUAAAAACUUUGGGUUUGUGCCAGGCAAGGAUUUGUGUGGCCUUUGAUUUUUUGCAUAGAGUAAACACCUUCUUAGCCCCUUUCUCUGUGACUCUUUAUUCUGAUCCCCAGGAUCACCAAAGGUUUCAGUCUUUGCCAGGGUAAGGGGGUGGGGGUUUCUGCCAGGCUGUGACUGCUCCAUCCAGCACUUUAUACCUCUUGGCUGUCUCCCCUCCCUGCAGGCCUCUGCUUGCUGUUCCCACCAGCAAGCACCCCGUGAGUUCAGCACUACAGCUUGGCCCAGCCCACCACUCAGCCUGUGCAAAGCUGGAGGCUUCCCCAGAAUGCUCACUCCCUGACUUGAGCUGGGCUCCCUCAGGGGCCGAAGUGAGCAAGCCUGUUAAGACUUGUCUGCUGCCUCUCGCAUCUCCCAAGAGUAUCAUCCCAUACCUCUGGUCUAGAUACUCUGCUGGCCUUUGGCACCCUUACAAUUAGGAAAGGGCAGGUGUUAGCUCUGAAUUUCAGCAGACUCCUGAGUAGGGGUACCAACCACACGUCUGUGUAUUAGGGUGGAUCCUCCUGGUUUGUACAAGUAUGUUUGGAUAGGGUCCUUGUCUAGUGCAUAGACACCGGCUUAGUUCUGAUUAUCAGGGUUACUUUGUGUCCUAAAGGCAAAGGUCUCCCUGGCACAUCAGAUAUUUGGUGGGAGCAAAGGGAAAGGGGGCUCAGGGAGCAGGUCCUUCAGAAUUGAGAAGGGUGACAUAAGUCUGAUUCAUGCCAUGCUGACACAGGCUGCCUUCUACUCUGUGCUCCCCAGGAGUGCCCAGAAGUUGUGAGGUACAGCUGCAGCUGUGCAGAUAGCAUACACAUAGAGUAUCCUGGCCUUGGAAGGUCUCAGCUCCUAGCUCGACCAUGGUGAGGACCGAGCAUCCCUGACUGACCGUCUCUUCCUGUCUAGAGUUCCAUGGGCUGGAUGAGGCGACCCUGCUGCGUGCUCUGCAGGCCCUACAGCAGGAGCACAAGGCUGAGAUUAUCACUGUCAGCGAUGGCCGAGGAGUCAAAUUCUUCUAGCAGAGACCUGUCUCCCUUUACUUCUUACCUCCCACCUUUCCAGGGCUUUCAAAAGGAGACAGACCUAGUGUCCCCACAGACUGGAUCUGUCACUCCACCAGACUCAAAGGGCUCAAGUCCUGAAAGCUCAGACUUAGGGAUGUUUCCCACAUAACCUGUUCUAUCUGUCCCUGGGAUAGGGUAGCCCACAGUGCCAUGGAGAAAGGAUGUGUUGCCUGCCCUACCUCCUUUCCUAUCCUGUACUGUCCCUGAGCUAGGGUCUAUAAACCUGACACUUUACAUGUGUUCUCACACAUAAGUACACACCCACCUACAUGCGCCUGCACAAGCUUCUUUCUCCUCCUCCUCCUCCCACUCCUGUAGCUGCUGUUGCCUCCCUUCUCAGGCUGGUGCUGGAUCCUUCCUAGGGAUGGGGGAAGCCCUGGCUGCAGGCAGCCUUCCAGGCAAUAUAAAGAUAGGAAGCCCCAGAAGGGGCCUGGCAGUGAGAGGCAGGCCCACUGAUUUAUGAUAUUAAAAUCUCUACUCCCAC